AUUGGCUGAUGUGAUAACAAGCUUAGUUUAGUUUCCGGAAUUUGAUUUGAUUUGAGGAUAAUUUGAGGUAAAUCACGUUACGAAGUAUAUUAAAUAACAAUUAAUUCUGCGCCAAACAAUAUUCUUCGUCCAUUUAAUUAGAUCCAGUCGAAUGCUGUGCUAGUUUAUGUCUCUUCGCCUUCUCGAACAUGCUCCUACGAAGCCUACUGCCACAAAAUACUAGGAAGAUUUGCUGUAACGGAUUGUUUCUUCAAAUACGAUAUGGCAGCAACUACGCGAAAAACGCCGAUAAUAAAAAUACCCAAUUGAUGAAAACACAAGAUACAGUAGUUGAAAAAAUACGUAAAAGAUUUCCACGUCUUAGCGCCAUGUACGGUUUGGUUUAUGGAGGAAUGCGGGGGAUUUUUGGCGAUUUAAAAGAGUGUAUCAGAGUCUCGAAUAAAAUUUCUGAACACGACAGUUUGGAACCUUUGACUUUGGAAGAGUUGGAAUUCAUUUAUAAUUUCAAGCGCAACGCCAGGACAUUGUUACCGAUCGUGGCAUUGGCAGUGUUACCAUUUGGAAAUGCAUUUAUUAUACCGCUCGUAUAUUUCAAUCCUCGUAAAAGAGUCACUUACCAUUUCUGGACCGAGCAUCAAAGAGCAACGUUUCCUGUCGAAGAUCACAAAGAUAGACUUGAACAUCGAAAAAUAAUCUUAGACUAUAUGAAGCAAUGUCCUAGAGGUCGAAUACCCGAAAAUAUCUCGAAUGAUUGGCAUAAGUUGUUAGCGAAGUUGGAUUCUGGUGCUCGUCCCGAACUAUCAGAAAUCGCGAAAGUUUCCCCAAUGUUUCAUCGAAGGGGACCUUUUUAUUUCCAAACAUUGCCAAAGUCUCAUUUGAUUCAUUUAGCUGCUACGUACGGUAUAACUACGAUUUUUUCUCCAAAGCAAAAAAUGAUAAAGUUUGCGGGAUUGGGUAUGCUUAUGGAUAAAAAAAUUAUUGAAAGAGGCGGUCCGAAAGCGCUUUCCACUGAAUUAAGAUCUAAGAUAUGUUACAUGAGAGGCGUAGAUUCGAUGAAUAUGAGUCCUGAGGAACAGAUUGAUUAUUUACAAAAAUGGAUCAAGCUCAAUGCCAAGAUAGAUAUGUCUAAUUAUUCGUUAUUGUUGCAUACACCGAUUUUAUUGGGUUAUAAUGCCGGUCACGAUGUACUGCAAAAGAGAUGAUAGUUGAAUAAAUUAUUUUUCUAGUUUUCA